UGGACCAGAAGGACCUUCCUUCAGUCCUUAUGUCCUCGCCUCCUUCAUUCCUGGUUUCAUUCUUUUUUUUAUCUUAUGGUCUUAAGUCUUUGCCUCCUUCAGUCCUUUUGUCCUUGUCCCUUCAAUCAAUCAGUCAAUCAAAUUUUAUUUAUAUAGCGACAGAUCAUAACAGAAGUUCUCUCAUGACACUUUACACAGAGUUGGUCCAAACCAGACUCUAAGCCAAUUUACAGAAGCCAGCAGAAUCCUCCAGGAGCAAACACUAGUGAGUGGAGACAGAGGAAGGAAAAAGUACCUUUAACAGCAGAAACCUGGAGCAGACUAGAUCCUCGUCUCCUUCAGUCCUCAUGUCCUCGUCUCCUUCAGUCCUCAUGUCCUUGUCCCCUCAUGUCCUCGUCUCCUUCAGUCCUUAUGUCCUCGUCUCCUUCAGUCCUUAUGUCCUUGUCUCCUUCAGUCCUCAUGUCCUUGUCCCCUCAUGUCCUCGUCUCCUUCAGUCCUCAUGUCCUCGUCUCCUUCAGUCCUCAUGUCCUUGUCUCCUUCAGUCCUCAUGUCCUUGUCCCCUCAUGUCCUCGUCUCCUUCAGUCCUUAUGUCCUCAUCUCCUUCAGUCCUCAUGUCCUUGUCUCCUUCAGUCCUCAUGUCCUUGUCCCCUCAUGUCCUCGUCUCCUUCAGUCCUCAUGUCCUUGUCUCCUUCAGUCCUCAUGUCCUUGUCCCCUCAUGUCCUCAUCUCCUUCAGUCCUCAUGUCCUUGUCUCCUUCAGUCCUCAUGUCCUUGUCCCCUCAUGUCCUCGUCUCCUUCAGUCCUUAUGUCCUCGUCUCCUUCAGUCCUUAUGUCCUCGUCUCCUUCAGUCCUUAUGUCCUUGUCUCCUUCAGUCCUUAUGUCCUCGUCUCCUUCAGUCCUUAUGUCCUUGUCUCCUUCAGUCCUCAUGUCCUUGUCUCCUUCAGUCCUCAUGUCCUUGUCCCCUCAUGUCCUCGUCUCCUUCAGUCCUUAUGUCCUCGUCUCCUUCAGUCCUUGUCCCCUCAUGUCCUCGUCUCCUUCAGUCCUUAUGUCCUUGUCUCCUUCAGUCCUCAUGUCCUUGUCUCCUUCAGUCCUCAUGUCCUUGUCCCCUCAUGUCCUCGUCUCCUUCAGUCCUUAUGUCCUCGUCUCCUUCAGUCCUUAUGUCCUUGUCUCCUUCAGUCCUCAUGUCCUUGUCUCCUUCAGUCCUCAUGUCCUUGUCCCCUCAUGUCCUCGUCUCCUUCGUACAAACCAAUUCUUAGUUUCUUUUUGUCUUUUCUGUAACUCAUUCUAAAACCGCUUCAUUCCAAAUGCGUUGUCAGAUCUCAUCUCUCAGACGAGCUCAGAGUUUCUGUCCAGGCAUGUGUUUCCUCCAGAUGAAUCCCUGUAGAUGGUUCAUUGUUGGUGACUUGGUUCUGGUGCGGUGGUUAAACGGACACACAGACUUGUUUUUGGAUCCGUUUACAUCGACGUCUCCUGAAUCUGGAUAAAAAACGUCAAACCCGACUUCGCCUCCGAUCAUCGUGAGCGUCUGUGAGCUUCAGGAAAAAUGUCCUGAGAGUUUUUUUUUUAAUUUUCUUUUCCUGUGAGAUGCACUGGAAUGCAUUACUAUAACCUGGUGUUUGUCUUUUGUAUCCUUUAGAUAAAGAUGUUUAAAUGAUCUUAAACUUCUAUCCAAUCUGUGAAUUGUAAUAAAGACAGAUAUUUAAUUGAA